UCUGUGCAUAUCAAAAUGCUUCUAGUACUUACGGUAUCUGACUUUCAAUGUUCACAGCAACUAGAAGAAAAAAGUGAGGAUGAAGAGGAUAAGGAGUGCUUGAAGCAAGCAAUAACAGCCCUUCUGAAUCUUCAAAGCAGUAUGGAACGGAUAUGCUCCAAAAGUCUUGCAAAACGAAGGCUUAGUGAAUCUGCGUGCCGAUUCUAUACUCAGCAGAUGAAGGGGAAACAGCUGGCAAUUAAGAAAAUGAAUGAAAUCCAGAAAAAUAUCGAUGGCUGGGAGGGUAAGGACAUCGGACAAUGCUGUAAUGAGUUCAUCAUGGAAGGGACGCUCACGCGCGUUGGAGCAAAACAUGAGAGACACAUAUUUCUAUUUGAUGGCUUGAUGAUUUGCUGUAAGUCAAAUCAUGGCCAGCCAAGGCUUCCUGGUGCUAGCAAUGCAGAAUAUCGUCUAAAAGAAAAGUUCUUCAUGCGAAAGGUACAAAUCAAUGAUAAAGACGACACUAAUGAGUACAGACAUGCUUUUGAAAUCAUCUUAAAAGAUGAGAACAGUGUUAUUUUUGCUGCUAAAUCAGCUGAAGAGAAAAAUAACUGGAUGGCAGCAUUGAUAUCUUUGCAAUAUAGAAGCACGCUGGAAAGGAUGUUGGACGUAACGAUGCUGCAAGAAGAAAAAGAGGAGCAGAUGAGAUUUCCAAAUCCUGAGCUUUACAGGUUUGCAGAACCUGACUCAGAGGAGAAUAUUGUGUUUGAAGAAAACAUGCAACCCAAAUCUGGAAUCCCCAUCAUCAAAGCAGGAACUGUUGUCAAACUUAUUGAGAGGCUGACUUACCACAUGUAUGCAGGUGAGGCACUUCAUAAUCGGAACAGGUGAUGAUUAGUUUAUGCU